AAGGACUUCUGGAAUGUGUGGUCCAAAAUAAGUUUAUUUUGUCCCCUGAACUCUUCAUGCAACCAAGUCUUGCUGCAGCUGUUAUCGAUAUUUUGGGGGCAUUUCAGUGCAAAGUUGCUGAUUGGAACAGCCCUUCUACAGCUAGUCCUAAAAAGGGGUGAUAAUCACAGGGAGAAGCAUCCAGGCCUUGUUGUUUUGAUCCUGUGUGCUUUGUUUAUUAACAGUAAAAGCAACAACAAGCAAUAGGGGCUGCGGUUCCCCCCUCUGACUCAAUUCAGCGAGGAGAUUCACAAUGCCCUGUGCAGACUCAUUUUCCUUCCGGCAUUCACUGGAUCAAGUCAUUUUCUUCCCCACUGGGAGGGCAAUGGUUUUAGACAAUGUUAUUCUUCUGUUCCUGGUGCUCCUUCUGACAAAGGUUUCAGUGCCUCGCACAAUAUUUCAUCCCAGACAUCUGGACUUAGACUGGCCCCAAAACUGUGGUGUUGCAUACUUCCAACCAAACAUAUAUGCAAAGGUUGUUGCAGGCAAUGAAGCGAGGCCUCAUUCUUGGCCCUGGCAAGUUUCUUUACAGGUUCGCUCUAGACCAAGUGAUAAAUUUGUUCAUGUGUGUGGUGGCACUCUCAUCCACAAACGCUGGGUUCUCACGGCUGCUCACUGCUUCCAGAAAGGUUCAGCAGAAGAUCUCACAAACUGGCGAAUUGUUCUGGGCAAGCAUAAUCUGAACUACCUUGAAUCCACGCAGCGCAGCUACCGCGUGAAGCGCAUUUAUCGGCACGAACAGUUCCAGUACCCUCUGCUAAACGAUCUGGAGUACGACAUUGCUUUGGUCAAGUCUGUGGGAGACAUUACGGCCAACAGGUUUAUCAAUUAUGCAUGCCUGCCACAGAGAGACAGCUUUCUCCAGCCUGGACACUCCUGCUGGGUGACCGGCUGGGGGGGCACAAGAGGUGGGAAAGAAAACUUCUCUCUGUCUGAGGUUUUGAACCAAGCCAACUUACCCAUUAUUGAUUUCAACACGUGCAAUCUCAAGAAAUUCUGGGGGGCCAAAAUCCAGUCUUCGAUGAUCUGUGCUGGAGUAAUAGACACUACGAAGUCUCCAGCAGCCUGCCAGGGAGACUCCGGCGGCCCCCUUCUUUGCCAGACUGAGAGAGAUGCAUGGGAAGUUCACGGGAUUGUUAGUUUUGGACCAGUUGGAUGCCAAGUGCAGAACAAGCCCACUGUCUUCACCAGGACUUCCGCCUACAUUUCCUGGAUUGAAGCCGUCAGGGUGCAGGACUUUUUUUUGUAAAGAUAGGAGGCCAGGAAAUCCUA